AUGUCUCAAGACCUCACAAAAGAUCAGGUAAAGAGCUACUUUACUACGAUUAAAGUAGAGGAGGCACUUGCUGAAGCUAUCACCAACCUUCUUAUUAAAGAAGACAUGAAUACAAGAGAUAAGAUUUUUUAUGCUUUCUUUGAAGACAAGGAAAUGAAAGAAAAGUACAACGUUGAUAAAGCCAUCACUGAUGGAAAGCUUAUCAAUCUAAAGAAAUUACUACAAUCAGAAGAACGUAAAACCACAAUGUAUGUAUUCAAACAUAGUCUAAAACAACACAAUAGAUCAUAUACUCACUCAAAUAAUUUAAAGGGUCUUAUGUACUUGAACACUUAUGCAAAACCUAUAGAUAUCCUAAAUCUAAAACAAAUUUUUUUUACACCAUUUGUUGGAAGAUCAAAUGAAGUUACUAAAAUCAUUGGUACCAUUGUAAAUCGUUACAAGGUGGCAGAUUCUAGUUUAAAAUCUGAUCAAAAUAUUGUUGUGGUGGCAGGUCCACCUGGUAUUGGAAAAAGUCGUUUACUUCAAGAACUACCCCGUUAUUUGGAUGCCGUUGAUGAGUCUUGUUUGCCAAAAUCCAAAGUCAAUAUUUCCAUUACAUUGGGAAAUGGCUCACCUUUGCAACAUCAAUCCGAGACACCUCAAUCAGCCAUUGCCACUAGAAUGUUGCACCACUACUUUGCAAGUGGUCACGGUGUAGGGUUUCCAUUCUUUGUAGAGAAUCUAAGCAAGAUCAUUCCACUAGGUGAUGUCACACCAAAUUUGGCACUUUCCAUCAUCAUCAAUCAUUGUCGAAAAACUAUUGGAAAUCAAGAUUUAAUGAUUACCAUUUCAUUGGAUGAAUUCCAAAAGGCUUUGACCGAGGUUGGUGAUGAUAGCGCUAGAAGAUUAUUCCUCAAACAUAUGAUAUUAGAGUUGGUUGGAUUAUGUCUGGAAAUGAUCAACGUCAAGGACCCAACAAACGGCCAGCUCAUCGACAAGACAUUUGUUUUUCCUCUUACUGCUGGAACCAUUCUAGAUCCAAUCGAUCAGAUCAUCAGCCGUGAUUCUGCUCUUCCAUACACACAUGUUUCACUGCCUCUGUUGUCAAAGAGGGAAUCUCACUCUAUUCUAGCCGACUUUAUUUCCAAAUCAAACUUGGCUGGCCAAACAAUACCGACGUCAUUGAUUUUAGCACUCGAUUCUACGGGCGGCUGGCCAAGACCCAUCGAAUUAAUGCCAUUUAUCUUUAUAUUUGCAUACUCGUUAUCUUUUUGUACAACGGGUAUCGUAGAUCUAGCAAAUUAUAUUAUUGACACUCCAUCACCUGAACAUUGGGAGCAUUUUGUUGCAAAGUACGAUCUCGUUAGAUGCCAAUGUUAUUCCAUUCUUGGUAUUCAACCAUCGAUUGGAGAGUUUUAUAGAAAUGCUUACUUUUCACAUUUUGACAUGCAGUUUUGUCAGAUGAAUUGUCUCAAUGCACCUCAAAGAUUUCCAGAGAACUCAAGUCAAGACCAAAAAACAGUGAUCAAAGGUCUACUUGAAACUGGAUCGGUUCUAUCUAAUCCAAGUGGAUCUCACUGUGACUUUAUACUACGCAGACAGAUCAAGAUUGGUAAUGAUUGGCGUUGGACAUGGAUUUUUGGUGAUGCCAAAUUCACACGUCAAAACAAAACUCUGGACUUUAAUGCUGAUGUUCUACCUUCGAUUGGCAAAGGAUUCUUCAAUCAAACAGAUUUGGAUGGUAUUGAUGAUUGGAUAGUCCUUUUCCCAACAAACAGAAAGUUAACAAAAGGUAUCGAAGAAAUUACAAAUGGUCAAUACGGAAAAGUUAUCAUUGUAGCAGAUGGAUUUCUAGAUUAUAUCUCAAAGCCAUUUAGAUUCUUCCUUGAAUCACCUUCACUAGAGCAAGCUUAA